AUGACAAAUAUAGGAAAACUUCUGCUCUUAUUAGUUUUUGUCAAUUUCUCAACUCAACAAAUUCGAGAUGGAAGUUUUCAUUCAUUUUGUGAUCGAAUGAAUGGAUCAGAAACUGUUUCAAACAUUGAGACAGAUGAUUCCGGAAAUUCGGUUACUAUUCCAUCUGGUGACAAAUGCCGAGUUAUCCUAAAUUUGCCGGCGGAAAAAAAGGUAAAUCAAUUUUUCAUAUGGCCGUCGGGAAUUCGGCCAAGGCGACAAAUGCGCCCCAAUGACAAAACAUUAGAGCGCGUUUGUUGUCUUGGCCGAAUCCCCGAGAUUUCUCGGCCACAUUUGUUUUUUUUUUGUUGCGCUUGCAACGCGUUGGUCUGCAAGUUCUCCAUUGCCCGAGUCAAUAAAUCAUUUAAUUAGUUCUUUAAUUACAGGAAGAUGCUCUUCACCAUUGCAAAAGAUGGGCAAUUUUCGCUCUAGUCGAUUGGGAUGCUGUCGAAAACAAAGCCUCAUGCACAUUCGAAAAUGUUUAUGAAUGUAAGAAUAACUUUGUGCAAAUUCGUGGAAUGUGCUAUCGACAACUUGCUGGUCUUUAUGAUUAUAGAGAGGCUGGAAAAGCUUGUAAAAAACUGAACGCUGAAAUUCUCCGAAUGCCUUCGAAAAAUAUUGGAGAAUUGAUGGAAGGUGAGUGAUUUUCUUAUAGAACUCUGAAAAUCGAUUUUUUCAGCAAACAUGGUGGAUUUAUCAAUGUAUUUUCUGCAACCUGAAGAACAUCUCAAAGAAUCGAGUCAAUUUGUUGAAAUCGAUCAUGCCAAAACGAAAAAAAGGAAUUAUGUGAUUCUUUUCCAAUUUGGUAUUCAUUAUGAUGUUGGGCCAAAUUCAAUCAUCGAAUUGGAUUCGAAUAAAAAAUCAUAUGUUAUGUGCAUGUAUAAACCACCGGAAACAAUUUUGAGUUUUAAUGUGAAAGCGCAACAACUUGGAGUAUUGUAUCAUCCGACACAAUUGGUUGGUGCAAUGGCGGUUUGGAGAACUGCUUCGCAUUAUACACCAAGGUAUAUAUCUAGACCGAAAAUUGUUUUUCGUGUUUUUUUGAGAAAUCGAGUUGAAAUAUUGGGUUGAUUGAGAUUAAACCCCAAUAUUUCAACUCAAUUGCUCCAAAAAUAUUCAAAUAUAAUUCCUAACACCACAAAAUCUUUGCCCUUCUCCAGAAAUAUCAAAGGUUAUCCUUACACCAACGAUGAUAUUUGCGAGAGUUCAAUGAAAGCAAUUCUUGGAACCGCCGAUGGAACUUUUCUCAAUUUGAAACCGCACAACAUCCAAAUGCUCUCCAAAGAAGUCAAAUCAUCAUUUGUUCGCGCUUUCGGCCCAUUUGUCUAUUGUAAAAACGAGAAAUCGGGAAGAUGGAGAGUAUUUUAUACCAACAAAUAUGUGGUGAGUUGCUUAGGUUUUGUUUGGACAGGCGGAAAAUCACAAAAUUUCAUUGUCAGACUGGAAAAAUUUGUGAAGAACUUGCAAACCUGUUGGAACCUGAAUAUGCGGCAAAAUGGAAUGUCGAUUCUAAACCAGAUGGUUGGUCUUUUAUUUAUUAUCCGACACCGGUCAAGUAAGUUUUUGAAUGAAAAAAAAUUUCAAAGAAAACAUUUUCAGCGGUCUUAAUUUCGAAUCAUUCCGUUUUGCUCUUCACAGUCCAAUUCUUUGCGGUCUACAUUAUGAAAAAGAUGUUCAUCGUGCAUUGGACAAUUGUCCGCGUCACUGGAAUUUGUAUGUUCGUAAAAACAACAAAAAUGUCUGUCAUCGCUAUUUUCAUCUGAAAGAUGUGACCGGCAAAGUGAGUUUAUUCAAAAAAAACCGAAGCAAAAACUGACUCCAUUUAUUUAGUUUAUGAUUUUUGAUGAUGCGAAAAAAUGGUGUAAAACAGAACAUAAUGCAACUUUGACAAGAUGGGAAGAUGAAGACGAAUAUAAUCGAGUUUACGCGAUUCGUAGUGAAAAAGGAUGUCCUGAUGCGUGUGAUGCAUGGGUUCAAUGUAUGACUUCGAAAGGGGUGAGGAAAUGGAAAAUUGAGUGUGAUUAGCAAUUUUUUGAAUAUUUCAGUGCGACAAAGAAGAACAUACUCGAGCUAAAGAUGUAAGACGCGGUAAGUGUUUUAAAAUAUUCAAAUGUUGAUCAAAAUUCAAUUACUUUACAAAAAUUGAAGUUGAACGUAAAUUUUUUUAGAAAAAAAUAUAUGUGGCCGAGAAAAGUCGGGAAUUCGGCCAAAGCAACAAACGCGCUCUAAUGUUGCGAAAAGUGUUGCCUUGGCCGAAUUCCAGCAAUUCUCGGCCAUAUUAAUUUUUUUGAAAUGUACACGCUAUUUUAAAACAAUAGAAAGAGGGACGAAUCGAGAGUUUGAGAGAGGGAAAAGAAGCUAGAAACACAGCUGAAAUAGUGCUACAGUACGCCAUUUUACCAUUAGCUGGAGCACAGCCAAGUGUGGUCUUGGUGCGAUUUCUCUGCACUCUCCCUUUUUAGUGGAUUCUCGAUUUGUCCGUUUAAAAUUAGCGUGUGUACUUCAAUUUUUUGUGAACUAAAAAAAAGUACAUUUCGAGUUUCAUUCAUCAACUUUUUAAAGUGCUCAUAAUUUCCGUUCCCCGGCCAUUUAAAAAAAAAACAUUGCUCAGAUUUGAACCUCAACUAAUUUGUUUAGGAACGAUGGAAGAUAUGCGUGGAGAUUUGAAAAAAAGAGGAAUCGGUUACUUUAGAAAGAGCUAUGCGCAAAGUGUGAUGUGUGAAAAACCGGCUGGAGAAUAA